GACGUCUCCACCGCCGCCACCGCUGCCGCCACCACCGCCACCGCCGCCACCACCGCCACCACCGCCGCCACCACCGCCGCCGCCGCCGCGGCCGCCAUCUUUUUAACGCCACUGUUGGCUGGUGCUAAGUUUCUCCAGAAAGAGUUCAUCACUCUCGUCAUGGCUGCUCACUUCGCUCCAGCAUUCCGCACACCAUUUACUGACAUUGGUGGGCGUGUCCUCACUCACCAGUCCACCAAAAAGUGUGCAGACUUUGAGAUGCGUGCUAUGGAGUGUUUAGAAGCAUAUGGUGUGCAACGUGGAAAAACUAUUUGUAUAGACUACCUGGACGACCUUCGGGAGUGCGCAUUUGAAACUAGACAGAUGGCCCGUACACAAGCCAUGCGUGCAGAGCGUCAUCGUCAGUGGCUGACUGGAGAACGAUCUAGUGAAGACCACUAUGCACCAGCACCUAGAAUUGAUGGGUAUUAGACAUUAUUCAGAUGCUCCUCCAUGAUUUUGCUCAUUUGGUAACAGCUAUGAUAUUCCUAAUUAUGGCACUGUACAGCUCUCAUCUCCAUUAUCAAAAUUUCAAGAUUAUAAUGAAGUGACUAUUGGACUUGUAAAUAAAAUUCAGCAUACAUUGA